GAUGAUAUUUCUGAGCUGCCAAAAUCUAAAACCAGCCCAUCAACCAUUUCCAUACAUAUUUAGACAGUGAGUCUAUUCGAAGCUCACUGUCAGAGUUAAGGGACAUAAGGUGCACAGAUCCACAAAGGAAGUGGCCACAGAUGUUGGGGAUCUCAGUGAGAGAAUCUGACUGAAGCCACAAAUCCACAAACAAGAGAGGAGAGCACUUAUUGAUUGGAAAGGUUAGGAGCAGAAUGUCAGACUCACCGCCAUUUUACCCCAGUAGCAGCAAGUCUCAAGCAUCAACCCCUCAGGCCAGUUUACACACCUGUGUGCCCUGUGGGACCUCCUGCCAGCAGAUGGCAGAAUCACAGACUAAAGAGGUUGGGGGCGUUUGCUUCACCCGGCAAGAGAACAACACCUUCAGCUUGAAGACUACAGCUGUGAGCAGGAGACACAGCGCUGAUGAGACCAUCACUUCACAGUCAGGUUCAGCACAAGGACGAGGCUCCGUUGACUCCGACCGUUUCCACCCGUACCAUCGACAGUUUAGCGAAGGAGCAGUGACAGCCGCGGAUUGCCUCCAGCAGUGCUUGUCUUCCUUCAGUUGUCUUGAGGAGGCGUGCAGCCCUGACACUUGUUCACACGGCUCAAGCGAGAGUGCACCGCCGUCUUGGGAGCAGUACAACUGCAGCUUUCAGAGUUCGUACCCAGAAUUACCAGGCAUACCAUUAGAUCCCUCCAGUUUCCGGUCUCAAAGCUACUCAUCCUGCAGUUCAUCAAGCCCUCUACAUCAGGUCUCAUCUAGACAGUACACUAACAAUGACCAGUCCAACAGCUCAAAAUACUCCACUCAGUUACACCAGGAGAGCACCACACAACACCUCUUCCCCAAGCCCAUUUACUCAUACAGCAUCUUGAUCUUCAUGGCUCUGAAGAACAGUAAAACAGGAAGCCUGCCAGUCAGUGAGAUCUACAGCUUUAUGACUGAACACUUCCCAUAUUUCAAGACAGCUCCCGAUGGAUGGAAAAACUCUGUGCGUCACAACCUCUCCCUGAACAAGUGCUUUGUGAAGGUGGAGAACAAAAAUGGGAACUCGUCCCGCAAAGGAUGCUUGUGGGCUCUUAAUCCAGCCAAGGUGGAGAAAAUGCAGGAUGAACUGCACAAAUGGCGUCGCAAGGAUCCUAUCACUGUUCGCCGGAGUAUGGCGAAGCCGGAAUGUCUUGAUCGUCUACUUGGAGAUAAACCAGACAAGCACAGGUGUUUGCCGCCUUACACCAACCCAGCUUUGUUAUCCAGAGUGGCCCCUAUCUACAGCACCACCUCGGCCUCUUGCACACCAGCCCAGCUUCAACUGCCCUGCCUAUCCAUUCGGCGUCCACAAUAUUCACAUAUUCAACCUCAGCAACCCUGCUACCUUCCCCCUGCCGCUGCUCAGCCCAGCAAUUCAUUUGCCAUGUACUCACCCGGUGGACAACCACCUGCCACUGGAAGUCUAAACUCACCCAUGGCUGGUAAGAUGCCGCCUGUUUACAGUACGGCCCUGCAGACUGAGUACAGCCUUGGCCCCAGGAGCAUGCAGGAAUUUCCCUUGGAGGGAGAAACCAGCUGUGACAUCGACACGCUCAACCCCAGUCUUACUGACCUGCAGCUGCAAGGUAACUUAUGGGAGGAGUUAAGGGAGGACAGCCUCGUAUCUGAUCAACAAAUCACCAACACGACCCUGUCCACUACUUCUGUCCCGCAGAACCACCAUAUCCAGACCAGCUGCCUGCACGCCACACCUCCUCCCGUCCAUCGACAAAAAACACAAUACGAGAACGAAAACACAGACAGUGGACGACACUUAGAGCAGCAUGGCUCCCUGAAUGGACUGCACCCUGUGGUUUAUUCAGGGGUGGAGAGUCUGGCUGGGUAUCUGACCUCCUGUACCACAUCCAUCUCCUUAAUGUGAAGACAUGACUCUCUGGGCCCUUUCACACCUCCUGACUGGCUGAGUUCUGUGCUAACCCGAAGGGGAGACAUCAUUGCAGGCAGCUUCAUGCCACAGUAUUAGCUUGGUGGUUAUUUAAUCCAUCAGAUCUUCUGUUCAUAACUGUGCGACAGACUCUGCAGAGGGACUAGUUAUUAAGGUAUUCUCUGUUUAUAUCCACUGUCACCAACACGUUCAGUUAUUUGUCUGUUUCAAUGUAUAUCUGUUUUCCCACAUUAAAAACAAAGUGCUCCUCUUAUAUCCCAUGUUGAGCUAACAAAUACUGAUUUCAAACAUUUUAUGAAUAAAAAAGUAAACAGGAAACACUCAUUAAAUUAAAAUCAUAAUUAAAUUCCUUAAUAAUAAUUUAUUUGUGAAUUUAGCUGUUUACCUUUUAUAAACUGUAUUAUCACAGUGAUUUACAAACUUCACGUGGUCAUAAUUAAUGACUUUUUAAAUGUAUUUGUAAAGAAAACCCUGUUGUUUAUUUUGUCUUUUCAAAAGCAAUUUUCAUAUUUAAUUUCUGUGUGUCUAUUUGUAACAGAAUAAUUCCUCCACACCGUCAUGGUGCUGCUGCUUCAGCAAGAAAGUUCUGGUUUCAAACCUGAGUGGGGUUUCUCUCAAAGUCCAAAGACGUGUGUGUUAGCUUAAUUUACGUCUUUAAAUUAAAGCAUAGGUGUGAGGUUG